UUAUCGUGAUCAUAUGACAGUUCGACUGAUUUAAAAGAUUUAAAAGUUUAUCUUUUGUCCAGUCGGAGUUAUUAACUUUGUAAUCGAAAGAUGUUGCUUUUAAAAGAAAUAAACCAUUAGCUAAUGUAAAUGAUAUUUUGUUUUUUAAAUCAGUUAAAUCUGGGCAAUCAACAUCCAUAAUAUCAAAUACAUUAUCAGUCAAUGAUAGUGACUGAUAAUAGCAUACUUAUCAGUUGAAAUUAAUGCGCACAAUUUACGUUACUUAACAUUAUUAGUUAAACAAAACAAACUACCAAAAGAAGUAUUAAGUAUAUACUCAUUUAAUUCUCAAUCAUGUGAAUCUAUAUUUCGUAAUACAAGAUCAUUAAGUGGUGCUUACUCUACAAUUAUUAAUUUUACAGUUCAUGAUUUUCUUCGACGAGCUAAAAAAUUGUUGAUAUUAAAUCAAAUUAAGUGUAGUGAACAAUCAAACGAUAACGGUCAUCUUUUAUUUCCAGUACAUCACAAACAUAAAAAAGACAAUGAUUUAUUAACAUUACAAAUUGAUGAUGACGUUGAACAAUUAGAAUAA